AUGUUUCUACACCAAUUUUUACCCAAACUUCAAACUCUUCUCUUAAUCACUACAUUCUCCCCUUGUGUCUCUUCCCAUCCCGAAACUCUUAGUUACUCGCUGGAAACCUCAAACAACCAUAAUGAAGAGUUUAAACCCCUCUCUUGCGAACAUCUUUGCCCUCUUACCGAAGCUUUCCUUAAAAGACCCUGUGCCAUAGACACAAAACUUUGGGUGACAGUUUGUCCCAAAACCGCGGAAUUGGAAGGAAUUGAAAACCCUUUGGAUUUUGACAAGCUAGAGGAUGAGGAAAUUAAUGAAAGGGUGGAUGUUUUAAAGGAGGGAACAGAACAUUUGAUCAAUGAAAAUGAAAAAAUAAUUGAUGAAAGUAUAAAAAUAAAUACCAAAAAUAAAUUUAUUCGAUGGCUAACAGGAGGAGAGACCCCAAAAUUUGAUGAAAAUGGAAUUUAUCGAAAGAAAAAUUCAAACAAAAAUUCUAAGAGGUCUUGGAGUCUGUUAAGGUCUAAAAUUGAUGAAAAUAAAGGAGAAUGGGAUGGGCCUAUAUUUAAUUAUAAAAAUAAAAAGGUAUUGCAAUGCAAGGGUUGGCAAAAGUUGAAAAACCAAUUCGGCUCUUAUUGGAGAGUGGCCAAGGAAGUUUGGGAUGAAUAUAAAAAGAAGCCGUUGUAUCCACAGGCUGAGGCUUUUUAUUACAAGUUGGUGUUUUUACUUAAAAAAGGCAAAAUCUCGAUAUAAGAGGCUCGUCAAAGAGAGUCUUGAACAUCGAGAAUAUCGGUCUCGAUAAUCAAAGGAUUUUUUAAUUUCAAAAAAUUUUUUAAACGAGAUCUCGUUUAGAUUUUUAAUAAUUCCGCUUUAUCAGUGAUGUACCUUUACGGAUUUUGCAAAAUGUCACAUCCCUAUAUUCAAAUAAAACUUCAAAAAGACUCGUUAAACAGUAGAACUUCUCUAACAUAUCCUCGGGACUGAAUUUAGCUGACCUAUAAAGCAGGACUGUAUUUUUUUCGCUUCCGUCUUCCUUCGAAUUCCGUUCUUUAGGGUCUUCCGCUUCCGUUUUUAAAUUUUCUUCCGUUUCUUCCGCCAUCCGCCAUCCGCCUUCCGUCUUAUUAU